CGACAGUGUACGUAAGUUCAAUUUGAAGAGACGAGAAAAAGGGCGGGGCAUGGGCAUGGCGGCGGCGUCUUCCAUGACCAUCCAGCUGCUGGAAGACGCCAUCGCUGCCCUGAUCCAACGAUGUCCCGACAUGCGCACCCUCCGCCAAAUCCACGCUCACUGCCUCAAAUUUCCAAUCUCCUCCUCCCUCUUCGCCAUCUCCAAGGUCCUCGCCUUCUCCGCCCUCUCCCCCUCCGGCGACAUCGCCUACGCCCGCCGCCUCUUCUCCCAAAUCCCAAACCCCAACCUCUUCUGCUGGAACACCCUCAUCAGGGGUUGCUCCCUCCUCCCCCACCCCUCCGCCGAGCCCAUCUCCAUCUACAAGCAAAUGCUCCGCGCCGGCACCCCUCGACCCAACACCUUCACCUUGGCCUUCCUCCUCAAAGCUUGUUCCCUCCUCUCCGCCUUCCUCGAAGGACUCCAGCUUCACUGCCACGCCUUCAAGUACGGCCUCCACGCCAGCCCCUUCGUCCAGACCGCCCUUUUGAACCUCUACACCAAGUGCGAAAACAUCCCCUCCGCACGCGCCGUGUUCGACGAAAUUCCCCAACGAAAUUUGUUCUCAUGGAGCGCAAUGAUUGGAGGCUACGCCAGAGUUGGGCUCGUCAACCAGGCACUGCAACUCUUCCGAGAGAUGCAGGAAGCAGGCGUGGUUCCCGACGAGGUCACCAUGGCGAGCGUCAUCUCCGCGUGCGCAAAGGCCGGCGCUUUGGACUUGGGGAGGUGGCUUCAUGUCUUCAUCGACAGGAAGGGGAUCGUCCUUGAUCUCGAGCUCAGCACCGCGCUGAUAGAUAUGUAUGCGAAAUGCGGAGAAAUUCAUAAGGCGCGCGAAGUGUUCGAUGGUAUGCCGGUGAGGGAUACGAUGGCUUGGAGUUCCAUGAUUGUUGGCCUAGCCAUCCAUGGCCAUGUCAGGGAUGCUCUGCAGUUGUUCUCAGCAAUGAUGGAUUCUAAAGUGGCCCCUAACCAUGUGACGUUCGUCGGCGUUCUUUCGGCGUGUGCGCACAGCGGAUUGGUGAGCGACGGCCGUCGUUACUGGUCCACCAUGCGGCAUAUGGGCAUUGAGCCGCUGAUGGAGCAUUAUGGUUGCAUGGUCGAUCUGCUUUGCAGGGCUGGCCACGUCGAGGAAGCUUUCUCAUUCGUGAAGGACAUGCCCAUCGUGCCCAAUUCUGUGAUCUGGAGAACUCUGCUUGCAGGAUGCAAGAACACUAGGACUUCCGAUGAAGUUGUCGAGACUGCAGCAGAGAAACUUCUUGAGAUGGGGCCACUCAAUGCCGAGAACUAUGUUCUCCUUUCAAACUUGUAUGCGACCAGGUGCGAAUGGGACAAGGUGAGCCAAAUGAGGAGGAAAAUGAAGGAGCUCGGCGCGAAGGUAGUCCCAGGCUGCAGUUCUACCGAGAUCGAUGGCUUCGUGCAUGAAUUCACAGUUGCCGAUGACACUCAUCCGGAGAUCCAGAUGAUCAGGGAGGCACUGAGGGAUAUAACGGAGCGGGUGCGACGUGCCGGUCAUGAGCCAUCGACGUCUUCGGUGCUUCAUGAUGUCGUAGAAGAAGAGAAAGAGAGCGCUCUGUGCGAGCACAGUGAGAGGUUAGCCAUUGCCUAUAGCUUGUUGAAAACUAAGUCACCUGCUGUCAUCAAGGUGGUGAAGAACCUGAGGGUAUGCCUAGAUUGCCAUGAGGUGACAAAGAUCAUCAGCAAGGUAUACGAUAGAGAGAUUAUUGUAAGGGAUCGGGUCCGUUUCCAUCGCUUUGUGAAUGGAACUUGUUCUUGCAAUGACUUCUGGUGAUCCUUUUUACUUUUUUUUUUUACUGAAAUAGAUUCAUGUUAUUCAGUGUUAAUGUUUUGAGAUUGGAGUGCUAGCGAAGGGGUGA